AUGAGAGAGGAAAGUAGGUCUAGGAAGAGAAAGCAUAUUCCUGUUGAUAUUGAAGAGGUAGAAGUUCGAUCUAAGUAUUUCAAAAAGAAUGAGAGAACUGUUGAGUUAGUAAAAGAAAAUAAAAUCAAUAAAGAUUUGCAAAAUUACGGCGGAGUAAAUAUUGACUGGAUCAAGGCACUGAAGCCAAUAGAGUAUUUUGAAUGGAUCGAAUCAAGGACUUGUGAUGAUCCGAGAACUUGGGGACGGCCAAUAACUAAAGAAGAAAUGAUUAACGAUUCUGGGGCGAAAGUUCCUGAGAGUUUCUUACCCAUAUAUAAUCGGGUGAGAUUAAUGAGGUCCAAGGUUAAAACCCCGGUAGAUGCUAUGGGAUGUAGCAUGAUUCCUGUUUUAGUUUCUAAUAAAUGUGGGAUACCUAGUGAAAAAGUCGAUCCAAAGAAUUUCAGGCUUCAAUUUCUUAUUGGCACUAUGCUUUCUGCUCAAACGAGGGACGAAAGGAUGGCGCAAGCGGCUUUGAAUAUCACCGAAUACUGCUUAAACACAUUAAAAAUAGCAGAGGGUAUUACGCUAGAUGGACUGCUUAAAAUUGAUGAACCUGUAUUAGCAAAUCUAAUUCGAUGCGUUAGCUUCUAUACCAGAAAAGCCAAUUUCAUCAAAAGAACCGCACAAUUAUUGGUAGACAAUUUCGAUUCAGAUAUACCGUAUGAUAUAGAGGGAAUUCUCUCGUUACCUGGAGUUGGACCUAAAAUGGGAUAUUUAACACUGCAAAAAGGUUGGGGGCUGAUUGCCGGCAUAUGCGUCGAUGUUCAUGUCCAUAGGCUGUGUAAAAUGUGGAAUUGGGUAGACCCUAUUAAGUGUAAGACUGCCGAGCAUACUAGAAAGGAGUUACAGGUUUGGCUACCUCACUCACUGUGGUACGAAAUAAACACCGUUUUGGUUGGAUUUGGUCAAUUGAUCUGCAUGGCCAGGGGUAAGAGGUGUGAUUUAUGUCUAGCAAACGAUGUCUGCAAUGCUCGCAAUGAGAAGCUAAUCGAAUCUUCCAAAUUUCAUCAAUUGGAGGACAAAGAAGACAUCGAGAAAGUAUAUUCGCAUUGGUUGGACACGGUUACAAAUGGAAUUACAACAGAAAGACACAAGAAAAAAUAG